GGUGAAUCGACGACGCUCCGUUUCCCGUUUCUCCGUUCCCUUAUUUAUUCCCUCACUCCCCUCCACACAAAAGCCAGGGCGAUCUUCUUCUCCCAGAAUCUCUCCCGCUCUGUUGCUAAGACGAUGAUCAUCAACGUGAAGGAUUCGACGAUGGUGAGGCCGGCGGAGGAGACGCCGCGCCGGAGUCUCUGGAACUCGAACGUCGAUCUGGUGGUGCCGAGUAUGCACACGCCGAGCGUCUACUUCUACCGGCCGAACGCCGCCUCCGAUUUCUUCGACUCUCAGGUUCUCAAGGAAGGCCUCAGCAAGGCUCUUGUGCCGUUCUAUCCAAUGGCCGGACGGCUCCGGCGCGACGAGGACGGCCGAAUCGAGAUCGACUGUAAUGCGGAAGGCGUGCUUCUUGUCGAGGCGGAGACCACGGCGGUUAUCGAUGAUUUCGGCGAUUUCGCACCUACUUUGCAGCUCCGGCAGCUUAUUCCGACGGUCGACUACUCCGGCGGAAUCGAGUCGUACCCCUUGUUGGUCUUACAGGUGACUUACUUUAAAUGCGGCGGUGUUUCACUUGGCGUCGGAAUGCAGCACCACGUCGCGGAUGGCUUCUCGGGCCUUCACUUUGUAAACGCCUGGUCCGAUAUGUCACGCGGCCUCGACCUGAAGCUCGAGCCAUUCAUAGAUCGGAGCCUCCUUCGUGCUAGGGACCCACCUCAGCCGGCCUUCCGACACAUCGAAUACCAACCAGCCCCACCGAUGAAAACCCCGGUCCAACCAGACCCAACCGGCUCGACCGUCUCCAUCUUCAAAUUCAGCCGGGAGCAGCUGAAUUUACUGAAAGCCAAAUGCAAAGAAAACGGCAACACCACCAACUACAGCUCCUACGAGAUGCUCUCCGGCCACGUGUGGCGCUGCACGUGCAAGGCGCGUGACCUGCCAGACGAUCAGGACACGAAGCUCUACAUCGCCACCGACGGCCGGUCUCGCCUCCGCCCGCCGCUCCCCAACGGCUAUUUCGGCAACGUGAUCUUCACGGCGACGCCGGUGGCCGUCGCCGGCGACCUGAUGUCGAAUCCGACGUGGUACGCCGCGAGUAAGAUCCACGACGCGCUGGCGCGAAUGGACAACGAUUAUUUGAGAUCGGCUCUGGACUAUCUCGAGAUUCAGCCCGACAUAUCGGCGCUGGUCCGCGGCGCUCAUACUUUCCGGUGCCCGAAUUUGGGGAUCACGAGCUGGGUCCGGCUGCCGAUUCAUGACGCUGAUUUCGGGUGGGGCCGGCCGAUUUUUAUGGGCCCCGGCGGGAUUGCGUACGAGGGAUUGUCCUUCAUAAUCCCCAGUGCUUCCGAUGACGGCAGCUUGUCGGUGGCGAUUUCGCUGCAGAAUCGGCAUAUGAAGGUGUUUGAGAAGCUGUUCUUUGAUAUCUGAGGAGAUUGGCCGGAAUCUUAAAUCGCAGAGGCGGUGGUUUUCUUUUUCCGGUGCGACGGAGGAAUUUUACAGUGGCGUUGUCUUUAUUUUAUUUUUUUUCUUACGGUACUUUUUCUUUUCCUCUCUCUUUUAAUUUCCUGCUGAAAACGAUGACGUUUUGUUAAGAAGCAUGUAGUAGUUCAAUUGUAAAGACGUUCCUGUUGGAAACAAAUAACACACAGUGACAGUGGGCGAUGGGGGCCGCUUUCAAAUGA